AUCAUGCUGCUGGAGACAGCCCGGCGCUACAACCACGAGACGGAGAGCAUCACCUUCCUGAAAGACUUCACCUACAGCAAGGACGACUUCCACCGCGCCGGGCUGCAGGUGGAAUUCAUCAACCCCAUCUUCGAGUUCUCGCGGGCCAUGCGGCGGCUGCAGCUGGACGACGCGGAGUUCGCCCUGCUCAUCGCCAUCGACAUGUUCUCGGCCGACCGGCCCAACGUGCAGCAGCACGGCCAGGUGGAGGCGCUGCAGCAGCCCUACGUCGAGGCCCUGCACGCCUACACCCUCAUCAAGCGCCCGCAGGACCGGCUGAUGUUCCCACGGAUCCUGGGGGCA